AUGGAGAGGGUGGAGGAAUCGGCGGAUAAAAUUGAAGAAGUAGGGAGAGUGGUGGAGCAAGCUAGAGAGUUGCAGGAAUCAGGCGCUUCGCUUAUAUCGAAGAUAUCGAACGACGAGCAAUUUCUACGCCAAAAAGCUAAUUCCCUCGAAUCUUCGAUACGCCGCCUCCGUUCCUUGAUCAAUUCUCUUCACUCUCAAAAGCUUUUGGAUUCCAGGCUUGCCAAUAAGCUGGAAGAGGAUUUACAGAGAGCCAGAUGUGUUAUAACUGAUGGAGACGCCGCUGUUUUUCUUCCUGCCAAAGCUCAGGGAAGAUUUCUGAGGAUGUUUCUGGGACCAAUCAAUGUGCGUGCAUCCCGCAAAGAUGUCCAGUUGAAAGUUAAGGAGGAAUAUAACAGCUACAGAGAUAGGACUGCCUUUCUGUUUCUUCUUUUUCCAUUAACUUUGCUUAUUUUAAGAUCUUGGAUCUGGGAAGGGUGCUUACCUGCAUUUCCAGUUCAGUUGUACCAGGCAUGGUUGUUGUUCCUUUACACUGGUUUGGCUUUACGAGAGAACAUAUUGCGAGCAAAUGGAAGUGAUAUUCGCCCAUGGUGGAUAUACCAUCACUAUUGUGCUAUGGUUAUGGCCCUAGUUAGUCUCACUUGGGAGAUUAAAGGACAGCCUAAUUGUGCUCAGAAGCAGAGAGGUGUAGAACUUUUCCUUCAAUGGGCUAUGAUGCAAGGAGUUGCCAUGCUUUUACAAAAUAGAUAUCAACGCCAGCGACUUUAUACUCGUAUUGCCCUAGGAAAGGCUAAGAGAAUGGAUGUUGUCUGGGGAGAAACAUCUGGUGUUGAUGGCCAAUUGUGGGUUUUAUGUCCAAUACUUUUCCUUAUGCAGGGUUUUGAGGCAUAUGUUGGACUGCGAUUGCUUAAGACAGCAUUUGUUGGGGUUGUUUCUGAAUGGCAGGUAACUUUUUGUGGGAUCAUUUUGGUUUUGAUGGCUGUUGGGAACUUUAUAAACACGGUACAGACACUGGUGGCAAAAUCAAGGUUUAAGGCAAAGAUGAAAAGAACCAAGAGCAAGCAGGAGUUGGAUUAGGAUAUUCGCAAAUUUAUAAUCUCUUAUAUAUAUAUAUAUAUAUAUAUAUAUAUAUAUUUCCGGUAUCCUAAACAUGUUUGUUUUCGAUGAGGCAAUGAAAAUUUUCUUUG